UCCAAAUGACUAAUAAUCGUGUACACAAUUGUAAACGUAUGAACACAAUGUUAUGCUUGAUUCUUUUACUAGCUAUUACUGGACACGGCCUAGCCAGUGACCAGCCAUGCACAGAUUUAGGAGGCCAUUGUCAGGAUGACCACCACAAAUGUAGUGGUUCUUACUACUCAGGGAAAUGUACUGGUAGUGCUACUAGACGUUGUUGUACAAGGACAGCAGUUGAACAUGAUACUGGUGACUGCUCUAAUGUUAAGAUAAUAUCACGUGACAGUUGGGGAGCCCGAAGACCAGCGAGUACAUCGACUAUCCAUUCGCCAGUUCCUGACUUCUUCAUACAUCAUACUGAAGGUGGAGCUUGUACAUCAUUUUCUGCAUGUAUCUCACAAAUGAAAGGAAUACAAAAUUACCACAUGGAUGAUGCUAACCACCAUUGGUCGGAUAUUGGUUACAGCUUCUUAGUUGGUGAAGAUGGCAAAAUCUACGAGGGCAGAGGAUGGAACCGAAUAGGAGCUCACACUCAGGGAUAUAACAGCCGUGGGUUGGCCGCUUCGUUUAUGGGAAGUUUUAUGACCCAUGCCCCUAAUUCUGCUGCUUUAAAUGCUGUAAAAGAGUUGAUUCAAUGUGGAAUCAGUAAAGGAAAAGUUUCACAUUCUUAUGCCUUGUUUGGACAUCGGGAUGUUGGAUCCACUGACUGCCCAGGUACAGCUUUGUACAACGUCAUCAAGACAUGGCCUCGUUUUCAUGCACAUUCUCCCAAAUAA